AUGGACGUUCUGGACGAGAACAACUACAUGCUCAACAUUCGGUUGGCCAAACGUAUAGGUUUAUAUCAAAUUUUAAAUCCCGAAACUAGAAAAUUUCGCGGUCAAAACGUCUACCACGUUGUCGUUGCAUUCAUUGCGCUCUACUUGUGUGUGAUUUCGAUGAUUUUGAACGUCAGCGGUGUGUACUAUUGGACGAACAACAUGCCCAUAAGCGUAGACUAUUUUUGGAAAGCGCAAACCGCGAUGUUCAGUAUCUACAAGAUAUGGACCGUGGUCCACUACUCGGACGACUUAUGGAGCUGUUUGUCGAUCACGCGGUACGAUUUUACGGCAUUCAGCCUCCGGAACAGACACGUAGUUGACCGUUGGCGAGUGCGCACGGUGUGGUACACGGCCGUGUUGACGAGUAUGUACGGGUCAUCGACGGUCAUUUACGAGAUCAGCACGCUCAUAUUCCGCGAAGACAUAAUUCAGAUGAAAAAUUACGACGGUCUGGUGGGCAGUUACCGACAGAACGUUAUGAAUUUGUAUUUGAUCGUAUCCGACGAAACGUACAACGCUUACUAUUUCGCGUUUUACUUCGUCGAAGCAUUGUUCGUCAUAUUGCUGACAAUGUUAUUCAUCGUGUACGAUAUUCUUUUGGUUACCGUGUGCUUUGCCAUUUGCGGUCAAAUACAAAUGAUUUGCUCUGCGUUCGAAUCUGUAGGACAUAAAUCGAUUCGUAAACCUGAUUUAUCGAUCGGUGAGUAUCUACGACUUUCGAUGUACGCGUAUAGUACGUGUCGUCCGCAGAAAUAA